AUGGGUCUCGAAAACAUCUCUAACGACCAUAGCACCGACAAGGUGAUGGGAACGGAAGGUGAGAAGGCCGCAUAUGCUCCCCCUCCGCCGUUUGAGGGGGACAUGGUCGGGGAAAUGAGCGAGGCUGAAAGAAAUAUCUAUGACCACGGCAUCAAGAAGUUCAACCGUCUCGGCUGGAAGCGACUCACCAUCGUCCUAAUUGUCGAAGCCAUUGCACUCGGCAGUUUGUCGAUUCCCUCCACCUUUGCAACACUAGGCAUGGUCCCCGGUGUGAUUUGCUGUGUGGGCAUCGGUCUUAUCGCCAUCUAUACCAGUUACAUUGUCGGAAUGGUCAAAUUGGCCUUCCCCGAGGUUGCAAACUAUGCCGAUGCGGGCCGGUUGCUGGGCCAUCGGUUAGGGUGUGGUCGCUUUGGAUACGAGCUAGUCAAUGGGAUGCUCGGACUCCAACUAAUCUUCCUCACGGCCUCGCACUGUCUGACGGGAACCAUCGCAUUUCUCGACAUUACCAAAAGCGGCAUUUGUUCGAUCAUCUUUGCCGUGGUUUCCGCCAUCAUCCUGCUGUUACUCGCCAUCCCGCCCAGUUUCACCGAGGUGGCCAUUCUGGGUUAUGUCGAUUUUGCAUCCAUCAUCAUUGCCAUUGGAAUCACAAUUAUCGGUACGGGUGUGCAGGCGACUGACUCACCCGGUGGACUCUCCGGAGUUGCAUGGUCUGCGUGGCCGAAGGAUAACCUCACUUUUACCGAAGGCUUUAUCGCUGUGACGAACAUUGUUUUCGCUUACAGUUUUGCCAUGUGCCAAUUUUCUUUCAUGGACGAAAUGCACACUCCUCGAGACUUUGUUAAGUCAAUCUGGACGCUAGGUAUCACCGAGAUCAUCAUUUACACGGUGACUGGUGCCACUAUCUAUGCCUUUGUUGGCCAGGACGUGUCCAGCCCUGCACUUACCUCUGCUGGAACUACCCUCAGCCGCGUUGCAUACGGUGUUGCUCUCCCUGUCAUCUUCAUCAGUGGUUCGAUCAAUACCGUUGUAUUUGGGCGUUUGGUUCAUGGUCGUAUCUUCGCCAACUCCCCCAUCCGCUUCAUCAACACCAAGAUGGGAUGGUUGACAUGGCUGGCGGUGAUCACGGCCGCCACAAUUGCGGCAUUCAUCAUUGCCGAGGUGAUUCCUUUUUUCAACGAUUUGCUUUCAAUUUCUUCUGCUCUUUUCAUCUCCGGUUUCACCUUCUACUUCCCUGCCAUGAUGUGGUUCUUGCUCCUCCGGAAAGGCAGCUGGAAAGAGCCCAAGAACAUGAUGCUGGCAGCCGUAAACGCACUGAUCUUCCUCAUCGGUAUGGUGGUGCUUGUUGGAGGAACCUACUCCAGCAUCGAUGACAUUGUCAUCAAGUACGACAAAGGAGAAGUUCGUGGUGUCUUCUCUUGCGCUGCUCCCAAGUAA